AGUAGGCAUCUCUACAGUGAUCAACAUAACAUGGAUUCAGCAACAAAGCAGCAGGGAGGAAGACAGUCGCAGCUUCUCUUCACCCCGUUAAUGAUCUCCGUGGUUGGAGUCAUUGCUACAGCCUUGGCCCUCUUGCUCUACCAUUUUAUAGUCACCAGAUUCUGUCUGCGAUACAGGCGUGGGGCGAUCUCGCAGUCACAGCAGCAAGGGUCCCAAGAAGCAGCGAUGGGUGGGGUGGACGACAAGGUCCUGCAGUCCAUCCCUGUUUUGGCUUACCGUAACGUCGUAACCAACAACAAGCAGCAAGGUGGGUUGUUUCGUAGGGAUCAGAACGAAUGCGCGGUGUGCUUGGGGGAAUUGCAGGAAGGAGACAUGGUUCGCUUGCUACCCACUUGUCGACAUGGUUUCCACCUUCUUUGUAUUGAUAAUUGGUUCCUCGCUCACUCCACUUGCCCUCUUUGCCGCUCUCCGGUGGUCUCUGUUGGGGGAGAUCACGUCCUUAAUUUUGCAAAUGCCACCUCCACCUCCUCCGCCUCUCCUCCAAUUGCCGGGAUCGAAGAAGACCAUGGGAUCUUCCACCACGAUAGCGAUGCUAAUAAUAAUUCGGUUGUGCCAGCAGCAGCAGCAGCAGCAGCAGCAGAGACAACCAGGCCAAAAUCGAAUGGAUUGCUCCAACACUGUAUGUCUCUCGUAUUGCUUGCGGAGAGAUCAAAACCACCACUGUUGCCUGUACAAUUAAAGCGAUCAUUGUCAACGAAUACUUGAGUAAGAGUUACGACUUACAAGUUGUUUGCGGACCAUCCAUGACAAAGUAGAAGGCUCUUCAAAUUUAUUAAACAAUGCAACCGCCGAACGUUUGUACCUAAUUACCUAUACAUGGAACAGGAUAUUAUCCAAAUUCCAUUUUCCAUGCCGGUUCACAUUCACGGGGUAUUUGGAGUAGGGAUAUAUUUGGAUGGAAAAUUCGUAUUCUAUUAAUGUUCAUAUCUGUUUAGAGGAAUCAGUUCAUAUCCGAUUCGUUUAGGUAUGGGUUUAAA